GCUCCGGGGCGGGGCCGAGCGGGGCUUCGGGUCAGCUGACUCAGACCCGAGGGACAGAACUCAGAAGCCGGGCGGUGCGGCGGAUCUUGAGGCGGCCCGUGCUGGGCUGAGUCACUCAGAGGGUGUUGAGACCAAGGAGCUGGAGGACCGCCGCCCCAAGCCGGGACGCUCCUCCCCUCAGAGCCCUCGCCUGCCUCGGCACACCGGUACCCUCUCUCCCUCCCUCCCUUCCUCUGCAACUAUGGUCUGGAAGAAACUGGGCUCCGGCAACUUCUCCAACUGCCCCAACGGCUCCCGCCAGUGGAUAUGGGACGUGUUUGGCGAGUGUGCCCAGGACGGCUGGGACGAGGCCAGUGUGGGCCUGGGCUUGAUCUCCAUUCUCUGCUUCGCUGCAUCCACCUUCCCCCAGUAUAUCAAGGCCUGCAAGACGGGCAACAUGGACCAGGCCCUGUCCCUGUGGUUCCUCCUGGGCUGGAUCGGUGGAGACUCCUGCAAUCUCAUUGGCUCCUUCCUGGCUGACCAGCUGCCCCUGCAGACCUACACAGCCUUGUAUUACGUCCUGGCCGACCUGCUGAUGCUGUCCCUGUACUUCCAUUACAAGUUCAAGAAACGCCCCUCUCCGUGGUCUGCCCCCAUCAAUUCUGUGCUCUUGUUCAUCUUGGGGGUGGCUUGUGCCACCCCACUGCUGAGCAGCACCAGCUCUGUGGCUGCCCCGAGGGAGGUCUUCCGGGGACGGACGCUCCUGUCCGUGGAACCGGGCAAUAAGCCCUUCACGAAGCAAGAGGUCAUCGGCUUUGUCAUCGGCUCCAUCUCCAGCGUGCUGUACCUGUUCUCCCGGCUGCCUCAGAUCCGCACCAACUUCCUUCGGAAGUCGACCCAGGGGAUCUCCUACUCGCUGUUCGCCCUGGUGAUGCUGGGGAACACGCUGUACGGGCUGAGCGUGCUGCUAAAGAACCCCGAGGUGGGCCAGAGCGAGGGCAGCUACCUGCUGCACCACCUGCCCUGGCUCGUGGGCAGCCUGGGCGUCCUGCUGCUCGACACCAUCAUCUCCAUACAGUUCCUGCUGUACCGGGACGCGGCCACCUCCUCAGAGCGCCAGUCACUCCUCCCCAGCUGACCAGGACCCAGGCCCAGCCCAGGAUGACAGGGACCUCCAGAUGCCACACUCAGGAAGGGAGAAGUCUGGGCAGUGAUGGUGCCCUUGGACUGAGCUGUGGAGGAAGCCGGGGGGCCUAGAAGUCCAGCCCAGCCCCUCCCUGCAACACCUCCGAAAGCUUGGAGCUGCCUCUUCGAGAAGCCCUGACUGAUUGCCUCUUCCUGGAGCAGGACGACCCUCUCUGGGGACUCACCUCUCAGGGUCUGAGCAUCUGUCCCUGGGAGCCUAACGCAGGGGCUGCCGCCAAAACCUCGCCUCUAGGGGGACAGAACGGCUGCCCCUUGGCUCACCUACCUCACUCUGCCCGCUCAGCCCCGGGGAGGGUCCCGCUCCUCCUGGUGCGGCCAGGACUGUCCUAGUAAACGGUACUCCCAGCGCA